AACAAACCGGACAGUCAGAACAAACCGGACAGUCAGAACAAACCGGACAGUCAGGACAAACCGGACAGUCAGAACAAACCGGACAGUCAGAACAAACCCGACAGUCAGAACAAACCCGACAGUCAGAACAAACCCGACAGUCAGAACAAACCCGACAGUCAGAACAAACCCGACAGUCAGAACAAACCCGACAGUCAGAACAAACCCGACAGUCAGAACAAACCCGACAGUCAGAACAAACCGGACAGUCAGAACAAACCGGACAGUCAGAACAAACCGGACAGUCAGAACAAACCGGACAGUCAGAACAAACCGGACAGUCAGAACAAACCGGACAGUCAGAACAAACCGGACAGUCAGAACAAACCGGACAGUCAGAACAAACCGGACAGUCAGAACAAACCGGACAGUCAGAACAAACCGGACAGUCAAAACAAACCGGACAGUCAAAACAAACCGGACAGUCAAAACAAACCGGACAGUCAAAACAAACCGGACAGUCAAAACAAACCGGACAGUCAAAACAAACCGGACAGUCAAAACAAACCGGACAGUCAAAACAAACCGGACAGUCAAAACAAACCGGACAGUCAAAACAAACCGGACAGUCAAAACAAACCGGACAGUCAAAACAAACCGGACAGUCAAAACAAACCGGACAGUCAAAACAAACCGGACAGUCAAAACAAACCGGACAGUCAAAACAAACCGGACAGUCAAAACAAACCGGACAGUCAAAACAAACCGGACAGUCAAAACAAACCGGACAGUCAAAACAAACCGGACAGUCAAAACAAACCGGACAGUCAAAACAAACCGGACAGUCAAAACAAACUGGACUGA